CUCUCAGUAGAUUUUUGACCGCGCUGUGAUGCAGACAUCGCUGGAAACCGAAGCCAAAGCGUCUCUAGCAGCUAGUGGUGGGAGGUCAACAUCGUAACGUCGUUGAUUAUCACUGGUGAAGGCUGUGUGUAAAGUGUUUGUAAUUUUUCUAUAUAGAUUUUGAUAAUAAUUAACGCUCGGCGAGGAGCGUGGAGUGUGCUCUUUUCCAUCUCUCGGCGAUAGUGUUUCUGGUGCUAAUCGUUAUUGUGUGUUGGAACAGUGAUAGCGGCCGAGCGGCAGAUUCGAAUUUAGUGACCGGGAAUAGCCGUUUCCGAGCUGUGCCUGUGAAUCAACAUCGACACAAAGGUUUCUGGGGGGAAUCAUUUGUAUAUUUGAUAGAUUUCGGUUUUUAUGAAACAUACAGCGGUCAGGUGCUGACCGCGAAGUUCGAUUACACUGGCGUGUUAUCGCCGACCUCUCUUGAUAGAGCUCCCUGUUGAAUGAUUGUGUGUUUAUUUUGGCGCCAGCUGACGGACGUUUUCAAGCUCUGAUUGGUCCGAGGUUAACAUUAGUCUGAAUGAAUGAGUGAUCAUUGGAAGUAAAGUGAAACCACCAGGGAUAGGGGAACUCCCCUUACCCAAAACAACUCCAGACGAAUCUACGUAGAACAGAAAAUCCAACAUCAGUGCACAAAACAAACCAGAAACCAAGUGAAUGAAGUGAAGCUUAUCGGGAAACGUAGUACGAAGAAUCUUAUCACACGCCAAGUGUUGAAUGUGUUAAAAGCAGAGUGAGUGAUCUCAAGAGAAACACAGUUGUUCUGGACCAGCAAUCAUGGCAACGCUACUGUACACUAUCAUAGGCAUGACGGCCAGUGCGUCGUUGAACUGUGCGGUCAGGCGGGAGAUAUCGCCCUGUACCUGUUCGCCGCAUGGCUUCUUCGCCAACACCAUCGAAGUAAAGUGCGAACAGAUGGAGUCCUUCCACCAGGUGGUGGAUGCUCUGCAGGAUCGCUUCACCCCCGAUUACAACAUCUGGCUGACGAUAUCGCACUCGCAGUUGCUGGACAUGGCUUCGCAAUCGUUCUACGAGAUGAACAUGAACAUCAAGACGCUCAAGAUGAACUUUGAUAAUUUGAGCCAACUACCGGUAUCAACGUUUCAGAAUCUAGCAAGGUUAGAGUACUUUAGUGCAGCGGAAAACCGUCUCGAGGAGAUACCGGCGGACAUGUUCCAACAUAUGCCGAACGUUGGGACGUUGGAUUUCGCCAAAGGGAAUCUACGGUUCAUCAACGGGGACACGUUCAAGCAGUUGCAAAACCUGAGGCAUCUGAUCGUGGCGUCAAAUUUGCUACAGCGAAUCGAUACUGACGCCUUGCCUCGGACGUUGAUCUCGCUACACUAUGGACACAACAACCUGACAUCGCUGAAUGGCACCCUACGACACUUGGACGAGCUUAAGUUGCUGUUCAUCAACGACAACCAUUUGACUUCGCUGGAUGAUGAACUUCCUUUGGCUUCCCCGAACUUGAUUACCAUCUUUGCACAAAACAACAAAAUUGAUCACUUGCCGGUUGAGAUCAAGUAUCUGAAGAAUUUGGACUCACUGUUUAUCAACAGCAACGAAUUGCAGUCUUUCGAUGGUCUCUUGUCGCGAUCAGCUCAUCUCACAAAACUGGUAGCCGUUGAUAACAAAAUCACCCACUUGAGAAAAGACGAGUUCUCUGAAGCUGAGCGACUAGAAGAUCUUCAACUAUCCGAGAACAGGCUUACCAGUCUGAACGGAUCAUUGCUGAACAUGAAAGGCUUGAUCAUGGCUAAUUUCAGCUUCAAUCGCUUGAAUGAAUUCUCGCUUCAAGAAGUGCAGGGACUCCGAAAGUUGAGAAUUUUAGAUCUGUCCUACAAUCGGAUAGAAAAGCUUCUCGGACGAAUGGAAAAUCUCGUAGACUCUGGAUCGAUCAUCUACGAACUGCGGUUGCAGCACAAUCUAAUCAAAUCGCUUGACGGCACGCUGAUGGGGCUGAACAAUUUGAAGAUACUGAACGUGGCCCACAACAAGCUGGAGGUGAUUACGCCCGAUGAUCUGAUUGGAAUGGAAAAUUUGGAACAUCUGGAUCUGUCGUUUAACAAGCUGAAAACACUGGAGGAACUGUCCAAGACCUUCCUUCCUUCGUUACAAUCAGUGAAUGCAUCCUACAAUCUGUUGACCACUAUGGACAAAGACUUCCACGGAUUGCCAGUCCUGUGCACGGCCGAUUUAUCGAACAACAUGAUCCGGGUGCUUUCGGUUGAACUGGUAUCGCAGACACGAUGCAGCAAUCACGGAGUACCGAACAAGUUGGAAAUAUUCUUACAAGAGAAUCCUGUCCUUUGCGAUGAAUCUCUUCCGGAGUUGGUCUCCCAGAUGGAAUCGUAUCACGCCCGGUUGAUUGGAAUCGCCCAUUGUAUCGUACCUCAGCAGAUACCAAUCGACUCGCCCAUUUUUAUGCAACCGCCAAUUCCGUUGCUGAAGCCUUUGAUGAAACCUCAGCUACCUAUGGUUCCAGCCCCGGUCAUGAUUCAACAGCCUUCGAUCGUUCAGAUCCUCGUACCGGCCCCGUUGGUAGUACAGCCGCCAGCAUUUGCAGAUGCCGCAGCAGGACUGGUUCAACCCGUUCCGUCGGUGCAAGGCAUUCAAGAUCUCCAACAGCCUCCGGUUGCGUCUCCUCCGCAGAUCACCCACAUCCCACAGCAGCAGCCUUACGAUGAGUUGAAAUAUGACGCCCAACCGGAACCGGUUGCCGAAUCGGAAACCUAUGCCCCUCCCCCGGAGGAAAAUGACAUCGCGAAGAUCAUCACGCCCACCAGUACGACAAUGAAAACCAUUCUCGAGUUCAAAAAUAUCAUCCACGACACCUUCUCGGCGAUACCGCCAGAAGUGUAUCCCCUGCCGCUGGAUAAGGCCCAGGGUCUUGCAACGGAACCGGAAGAACCUCCGGAAACGCAGCAAGACCAAGGCGUAGACGACGUAGAUGAACAUUGAGCGUUAGAAACAGUAGGUUACGUUUUUCCUUUUAGGUAUUAAAACAAGCUUGCUUCAGGUUUGAUCACAAAGCAAGCAAGCUAGAUACAAUUCCACACGCUUUCGACUCUAUUGACAUGUAGGAAAGUAAAAAAAAAAUCAAUGCAAAUCAAAUAAACAUUUGAUUUAACAAUGAAUGAUGUGGCAUUGUAGAGUAUAUUUCAAAAGGGAGUGGCUCUCUUGGUAUAAACCAGUUUAGCUUAAUGAGUGCUCUUUUUGGAAAACUUCUGUUUGGUAUAAUGGUCAUUUGGCAUAACGUGAAUGACGGCCAACCCAAAAGAAGGGACAUAACUAACGUGCCAAAGGAUAUUAUGCCAAAUGGCACUAUACCAAACGGAAGUAUGUAAAAAGGGAUACCCCCAUAGCAUGACAUAAGAACGAUUAUGAUAAAACGCCUUUUAUGUCAUGCAGAACAACCACAGUGGAUAGAGGAAAAUCGCUCUUAAUGCCACGCCGUAUUAUACCAAAAUCCGUUAUUCCUAAGGCGCCAUUCGUAAACAACGUUUUAGGAAAAGGUUUUCGCCGCUAUAUAUGAUUUUUUGAAUAUUUGUAUGGACAAAAGUCUACGAAGGUGUAUGAGACGAUGUGGUAUAUGAAUGGUGCCUAACGGUAAUUAAUCGAAAAAGGGUCCUUCCUACGCAAAAGCUAUAUCAGUCAAUGUUAUGAAAGAAAAAUGUGCAUCGCAUUAUGGCUCUGGCACUGAUUAAGUGAUAUCUGUACGUCGUUGUUUUUCUUAUUUUGAGGGCUAAUGUGUAGAUUUGGCAAUGCAUUCUUUUUCGCGGGUGAAAUCUUCCAUGUCACCCAAAUCCAACGAACGAAGGCUCUGGCCUUCAACAGCACAAACGAUCGAUCAAAGUUAGUAAUAGUUGUUAACCCCCUCUGAGCAAUGCACAAAUGUUUAGAGUUAAUGUCAGUCGUAGUAAUUACUCCAGAUUUCUUCCACUAUAUAACGUGUUAAGCGCACAUUUUACACAUGACAAAAUUCUUGUUUUAGAAAGCUUAGAGACAUUGCUUGUUAACUGGAGCAACCCUCUAGAGUAAGGAUAAUAUCAAUCAUCUUAUACAUUCAAUAUAUGUGCCAUUAUAUUUGUAUAGUUCCAACUGUGACUGUCUUCCUACCCAUAUUAUGCUCUUUCCAUUCACCCAGCUUGUCUAGGAUGUCCACAAUGACGAUACUAUCAAUUUGUAUUUAUUAAAACAACUAACCCAGUGGGGUGAAAGAAGUUUAAAUAAAUUCCCUGCUAGUUAUCCUGAUAGAUGAAAAACAAACCGCACCAUUUCAUGACACUAAUAGUUUAACAGAUUUCCUCUAUGCAAUCACAACAUAACGAGAUAACGAGAUUUAUAACUGUAAGACAAGUAUUUCACAUUUACAACAUUUUAUGUAGAGUUUGAGCAAAGAUUAUAAGGAGUUAGCACGAAGAAAACAAAACCUUAUGGUGGAAUUUCGACUUUGUAAAAGAAUGAGAAAUAUAAGAGAUCUGACGAUUAAAAUCUGUAGUACAACCAUUCACAUUAUAUAAAACAUAUGGGAUCUGUACGAUGUAGUGCAUAGUCGCAAAUAAAAAAAGCACAAAUUUACACAACUUA